AUGCCAACCUUCCAGAGCAACAAGUUCCGCGGGGCCGGCGAGGCCAGCAGGCUCGGCUCCCAGUACCGGCGUCUCAUGAAUAAGCACCCCUUUGCCAUGUUUGGGCUGCCGUUCCUUGCCGUCGUCGUCGCGGGCUCGUUUGUCCUGACGCCCGCGACGGCCAUCCGGUACGAGCGACACGACCGCAAGGUCCGGCAGAUGACCAAGGAGGAAGAGUUUGGCGUGAGGCGGGCCGCUCGCAAGGUAGACAUGAAGGAGGAGUACUACCGCCUUGCGGGACGAGAUCUCGACAACUGGGAGCAGAAGCGUGUCGAGCGACUACCGGGCGAAAACGACGGUAUUCUGUGA